CUGGAAGGCGGCAACUCUCACACACACAGCCGCAGAACUUUGAGUCCCUCGCGCAGUUCGCAUCGAUUCAAUGUCGUGAUUGUUGUUAGUUUUCGUUGUUUUUGUCUGAGAAACUUUAAAUAACUUUUUGCCAGCGCUGCGCGAUUUACUCGAUGUAAUCGAAUAGGGCACAGGAAACGCUCUGAGCCUUAAAAUUGACUAUAAAACUUAUAGCUUUAACGAAGUUCACACUCGACGUGCAUGUGUGCAUUUCUCCCUGUGGUAGUGCUGGAGUAACUGGACAUUCCGAUUUUGCGUAGUUCCAGCGAAACCUAACGGGCUUUCCAGUUCGAUUUGCGGAAUAGCAGGAAUACGACAUACGGAGUUGCGGAAAUUCGGAAUCACCAUGGCACGCGACACACAAGGAACCCAGGGAACCCAAAGCCAGGCCUCCAAUAUCUGGACGCAAGUAGAGAGCCAGCCGAUGGAGAAGAUUGUCUGGGGCCGCUUGUACGGCAAGAACAUUAAGAUCAAAUCGUUGGGUACGAGUUCAAAAUACCGAAUUCUUUAUACGCAUUCGUCCUUUUCUGUUGAUCUCAACAAUGACGAGUUCACCGCAGGACGCGGUGAGGCAAACGAUUUGAUUCUCACGCUCAAUGAUUUGCCCGAGAAAAUCCUGACGCGCAUUUCCAAAGUGCAUUUUAUCAUAAAACGGGCAAAUUGCGAGCUUACCAACCCCGUUUAUAUUCAGGAUCUCUCACGGAAUGGGACGUUUGUGAACAAUGAAAAAAUUGGCACAAACAGGAUGCGAAUCCUAAAGAAUGACGACGUAAUUUCCCUGUCCCACCCAACGUACAAAGCCUUUGUAUUCAAGGAUCUCAGCCCGAACGAGUCGGUCGGCCUUCCCGAGGAGAUUACCAAGACGUAUUAUGUAAAUCGCAAGCUGGGAUCGGGGGCAUACGGACUGGUGCGUCUGGUCUAUGACACCCGCACCUGCCAGCAGUUUGCGAUGAAAAUUGUUAAGAAGAACAUGCUCUCUGGGGCGCGACCCAGCACCAAUUUUAGUGAUCCCGAUCGGGUGCUUAACGAAGCCAAGAUUAUGAAGAAUCUUUCCCAUCCGUGUGUGGUCCGCAUGCACGACAUCGUCGACAAGCCGGAUUCUGUGUAUAUGGUGUUGGAGUUUAUGCGUGGCGGUGACCUUCUCAACCGGAUCAUCAGCAACAAACUUCUCAGCGAGGACACCUCGAAGCUUUAUUUUUACCAAAUGUGCCAUGCCGUCAAGUACCUACACGAUCGGGGCAUCACCCAUCGUGACCUAAAACCAGACAAUGUUUUGCUGGAGACCAAUGACGAGGAGACCCUGCUAAAGGUCUCCGAUUUCGGGCUGAGUAAGUUUGUCCAGAAGGACUCGGUUAUGCGGACGCUCUGUGGCACGCCACUCUACGUGGCUCCUGAGGUGCUGAUAACCGGCGGCCGAGAAGCCUAUACCAGGAAAGUAGACAUUUGGAGCUUGGGAGUGGUGCUCUUCACUUGCCUUAGUGGUACUCUGCCCUUUUCAGACGAGUACGGAACCCCGGCGGCCCAGCAAAUAAAGAGGGGCAAAUUCGCGUACGGCCACUCUUCUUGGAAGAGAGUCUCGCAGCGCGCCAAGCUGCUGAUCAACCAAAUGCUCAUUGUGGAUCCCGAGAGGCGACCCUCAAUCGAUGACGUCUUACAGAGCAGCUGGAUGCGGGAUGCGCCCAUGCUGCAAAAGGCGAAGAGGCUGAUGAAGCUCGAUGGCAUGGAGAUCGAGGAGGAGAACUUCCUCGAACCACCCACCAAGCGAUCGCGACGCUAGGUUUAGUUUCUAAGUUUCCAUCGUUAAUACCUAUGGGUCGAGGCGCGAAAAGGUUUUAAUUUUCUGGAAAAAUUAAGCGACAACAUUUUUCCCAAACUGCCGACACCGCCGCAUCCGAGUGUAUUGUCGAAUUUAAGUAUUUUUUGCGGUUGUUUAUUUUUACGUGUUGUCUAGUGUAAGUUUCAUCUCCCAAGCCCGGUUAAUCCUGUUAAACUGCAUAUAUUACUGGGCUCUCGCUUCACAAUUAUUUUAAGAUUCCUAUCGAUUUGAAUUUUGCCAUUCCACUGGAAUAUUAUUACGAUUUAUUACUUGUAGAUGUUUAGAAACUAAAAGUUCUAAAUUUAAGAAUUUGACUCUUCAGCAAAAUAUUCAGCUUUUCGAAAUAAAGCGUUUGAAUUUGUUUAAGUAA